AUGGCUUGCGACCAUUCGGAAGCUCCAGACCUAAAGCCUCCCGGGCCGUUUCAGGCCGUUUAUAGAGAGGAUUGCACUCAGUGCUUCGACUCUAUUGAUGACGAACUCGGCCUCAACGUGUGUCUACACUGUUUCAACGGUGGCUGUGCCGGAGAUCGAGAUCAUGCGCUUCUUCACUAUCAACGUACUGGCCACCCAAUGGCCAUGAAUAUUCGAAGAACCCCUAAGCUGGUCCAGCGCGACGAGCCCCCGCCGAAAAUAUCGAAGCUCGCGAUUGCAGCUGAGACCGAGGAAGAUCGUUACGAUAUCAGGACAUCAGUAGUCUGCUACUCAUGCUCUCAACAGGAUGUGAAUAAAUCAUGCGGCAGGCUCCCUGAUGUCAUUGAUGGUAUUAUGACUGCAAUGACCUUCUCAAAGCGAGAAGAGGUGAAGGCUUGGGAACAGGAGUUUGUUCCUUGUGAGCAUACUCUGUGCCUGGUUCAACAACAACCACCCGAGAACACAGACGACAAAGAUUCAAGCCAAUGCUCCGCUUGCAACCUGAAGGAGAACCUCUGGCUCUGUUUGGAGUGUGGAAAUAUCGGCUGUGGACGAAGUCAGUUCGGUGGAACCCAGGGAAACUCGCAUGCGCUCGCUCACGCUGACUCGGCAUCUCAUGCCGCCGCUGUGAAACUCGGCUCUAUCACUGCUGAAGGCACAGCUGAUAUUUAUUGUUACAAAUGCAAUGAAGAACGCACAGACCCGGAACUUGCCAGUCACCUUGCUCAUUGGGGUAUCUACUUGGCUGGGCGUGAGAAAACAGAGAAGAGUUUGAUGGAGAUGCAAGUCGAGCACAAUCUACAAUGGGAAUUUUCCAUGACUAGUGAGGAUGGGCGGGAGCUAUCUCCGAUCUUUGGCCCAGGCUUUACGGGUCUCGCCAAUCUCGGAAACAGCUGUUACCUUUCUAGUACCCUACAGUGCAUCUUUUCUACCCAAGGGUUCCAGGAGCGCUACUUUCACCCUUCUGCUGAACCGCCUCUUUCUGAUGCUCCGGCACAGGACCUUGAAACCCAGUUGAGAAAAUUGGCAGACGGUCUUCUCUCGGGCCGCUACUCUCGUCCAGAUCCGCGUGUUGUUGCAUCCCCGGGCGCCCCUGAAGUUUCACAUCAGAAAGGGCUGGCCCCGACUAUGUUCAAAUAUCUGAUUGGACAAGGUCAUGAAGAAUUCGCAACUAUGAGGCAACAGGAUGCCUUCGAGUUUCUGCUUCAUGUGUUCAAGUCGAUCAGUCUAUCGAAACAGUCUGACGACCGAGCCAAUCCCGUCCAGCAUUUUCGUUUCCAAGUGGAGCAGCGACUUCAAUGUCUCGACUGCAAAGGGGUUCGCUACAAAGUGGAUGAGCAGGACAAUAUUUCCGUUGUGGUUCCCGCACGUCGCAUUUCGUCAAAUGAGACUCAGUUUGAGGCUGUGACUCUGACGGAGUGUCUUGAUAUGUUCACUGCGGAAGAGCUUGUCGAGCUUAGCUGCCCUGCAUGCGCCAGCAAUCACGGCUUUUCUAAACGUUCGCUCUUCAAAACGUUACCGAACGAACUAGCCGUCAAUGCCCGCCGCUUCGAACUGAUCAACUGGGUUCCCACAAAGCUAGACAUUCCAGUGGUUGUUGGGGAUGAGCCCAUCGAUUUUGGGCCUUAUCUGGUCAAGGAACAUGAUGAGAACGAAGAGCUACUACCCGAAGUUGAAGAAAAGCCCUCGUUUACUGCAAAUCCCGGUAUUAUGGAUCAGCUUCUGAGCAUGGGAUUUCCUUCGCCAAGGUGUGAAAAGGCCCUUUAUGCGACCGGAAACGCAGAUCCAGAGGCUGCCAUGAACUGGCUCUUUGCACACAUGGAGGAUCCAGACAUUGAUGAACCUCUGGUCCUAGAGGGCUCAGCUCGUCGGACCGGCGACACGGAACAGGACGAGGCCAAGGUGACUCAGUUGGGUGAAAUGGGUAUUGAAGCUGCUCGGGCUCGAAAAGCCUUAGCCGCAACUGACGGUGAUGUCAAUCGAGCUUUGGAUUGGGUUUUCACUCACCCAGAUGAAGACCUCGAUGCUGAAACUGAAACCCACACCGGUACUAGCGAUGCUCUGGCUCAGCAGGGCCCUCCUGGCCAUGACACACUACCGGCUUUCUAUCAAUUGCGAUCUAUUGUGUGUCAUAAAGGCACAUCUGUCCAUGCGGGGCAUUAUGUGGCUUUUGUUCGCAGAGAACUUCCUGGCUCAGAUAGUGGUCUUUCAUGGGUGAUGUUCAAUGAUGAAAAGGUCGUGAGGUCAGAAGACAUUGAGGGCAUGAAGAAAACAGCCUACAUGUACUUCUUUACUCGAGUCUAG